CGUCCUUUCCAGCUUAUUCAUGUGAUCUGCAGCUGCCGCAUCCUCCACCCGCCGGCGUACCACCAUGAAGUACAACCCGAGAGUGUCGAGCUCCCGCCGGAAGUGCCGGAAGGCGCACUUCUCGGCCCCCUCCAGCGUCCGGCGGAUUCUCAUGAGCGCGCCUCUCUCGACCGAUCUAAGGAACAAGUACAACGUGAGGUCCGUCCCGGUGCGCAAGGACGAUGAGGUCCAGGUGGUCCGUGGCAGUUACAAGGGCCGCGAGGGCAAGGUCGUGCAGGUCUACCGCCGGAAGUGGGUGAUCCACGUCGAGCGCAUCACCCGCGAGAAGGUCAACGGCUCCACCGUUAACGUCGGCAUCAACCCCUCCAAGGUGGUCAUCACGAAGCUCAAGCUCGACAAGGAUCGCAAGGCCCUCCUCGAUCGCAAGGCCAGCGGCCGCGCCGCCGACAAGUCCAAGGGCAAGUUCACGGUGGACGAAGUCGCCGCUGGCGGAGCUCCUUCUCUCCAGGAGAUUGACUGAUCUCAUCGAUCUCGGUCGGUCCUUCCUCUCUUAUCAAAAUUCUUCUUCCGAACUGAUGCAAUGGCAUUCGAUAUUGUGAUAUUUAGGGUGUUCUAUGCAUCUGAGAUGCUAAAUAGUUCUGAACUUUGGGGCUUUGCUUAAAUCCAUUGCGUGUGUCUUGUGAUUUCUUCAAACAUCUAAUCUCCCUUAUCUUAUAAACUCAGAAAUCUUGAUUUCA